UUGUUCGCGAUAAACACAACCUACACUUGGGUGUGGGCAUUUAUCUUCUUUGGCCACACUGGACUGAUAUACUGAGUAACAGCAAGAUGAGCCUUUUGAACCAAGGCCGAAAUGAGAUCAGAUUCAACAAUUCUGGUGGUAAAUGUCUUCUAGAGAACUGGGUGGAAGAGCGAGCAGUGUAUGAAUUGGACCCUCAGGAAUUAUCAGGAAACAUAACCAGCAAAGCUCAGUUACUUAAAGAUGGACAUGCAGGGAUACUCAACAGAGACUUCAGUGCUAAAGUCGAGGGUGAAAGCACAGUCAUGUCAUCCUAUAAAGUUCCCCAAAAAGUGAACGUUAGACUUACAGGUAAAAAGCAGGAGAUGAUUGAAAGAAUGGUCUUGGAAAAAGUACACAAGGAAAUUCAAGAUAUCAAUCCCCAAGUAGAACCACCUGAUUAUAAAUCAGUUACAAUGAAAGACUUCAACAUUGAAGAUUUUGUGUCACAAAAACCCAAACCCACACAUAAUCAUGAUUAUAAACGCGACCAAGCAGUGACAUUUUGGACAGAACACGCAGACAAAAUUACAGGAGUAUCACAAAAGAAGACGGGUGACUCAGCCUUCAGGAAAAACGACGCCUUCAGCAAACCUAUUGACGAGAGAUGGGAUGAGCCGCUGCCAUAUGAACUAGAAAAUUACCCCAAAAUGUAGAUUGACGAUCACCUGCAAAUUUUCAAUUGUAACAUACAUUCAUCACAGGUAUCAUUUUAAGUAUGCCCAUCUUAUAGUGUAUUUUAGAAUUUAAGAAAGCCCCUGUUUGUUUUUACCUGCCAUAUGUGGCGAAAUGAAUAAGUACUUCGUCAAUACGUGGGUCAGUUUAAAUCCUGUACCUAAUGUAUAUUUGUACAUAAAAUGACGUAUGUAUUUGAUGGUA